GAAAGUCGGCGUCUGUGCACCCAGUGGGGCUGUGGCAGCCUUGCCAGGCCAGGGAAGAAGAACAGGCUGCUGGCUGGUUCCAGGAAGCAGGGCUGAGCACAGCAGUAGCAUCUCAGUCUUCUGCCCCGGAGCUGGGGUCGGGGCAGGAGGAAUCCUUAGCCCAGGAGCUAGGAUCUUCCUACACUAAGUGAUGCUGAAGCAGAGCUUGGCUGUCCUGACGUGCUUUCCAUUGACGUUUUCCUUGCUCUGUGUCUGUCGCUGCUCCCGCGGUUUCAGACGCUAGAGUGGAGGCCAGGAUCACAGGACCCCUCCUGCCACCCCUCCUGGUGAAUCCUCCCAGGGUCUCUGGGCCUUGCUGGAGCUGCAGUGUGAUCCUCCCAGUGACCCUGGGCCUGGAGGGCUAGUCCAGAGAGGAUGGGUCUGCGCUGCCUGUUACAGGCAAGAUUCGACUGACUCAUUGUUACCUGUCAGGAUCUCUGCGCUGUUAUCAGGUGCUGGCUCCUGUGUGUGCCGCCUGCAGCCAGGCCUGUGCUCGUUCCAUGGCUCCACACGUUAGGCUGGAGAAGUCUUUGCCAGAGAAGCCCCUUGCAGUCUGCGCUUGGAGGCAGCACAGCGAGUGGCACGCUGAGUCAGGCGCACUGGUGGCUGCCCCAGAGACAAGUGGUGCACAUAAGCAGAGCCCUGAGAAAGGAAACCUGUUUACAUCACGGAGAGCCCAGUCGCUGCUUCGCACUCCAGUUCUAAGAUAGUGGGAUUCGAUCAAUGAAAUGGAUGAAUUUUUCAGCCCUAUCCACACCUACCAGGUCUGUAAUGUCAUGACCCCGAACCAGAACAACUGGCUGCGCAGCAAUUGGGUCCAGCGGGAUGGUGCCCGUCGGGUUUAUGCUGAGGUCAAGUUCACCCUGCGGGACUGUAACAGUAUGCCAGGGGUGCUGGGCACCUGCAAGGAGACGUUCAAUCUCUACUACCUGGAGUCCGACCGGGACCUGGGCACCAGCACCCGGGAGAGCCAGUUUGUGAAGAUCGAUACCAUAGCAGCCGACGAGAGCUUCACCGGCGUAGACCUGGGGGUCAGGCGGCUCAAGCUGAACACCGAGGUGCGGGGCGUGGGACCCCUGAGCAAGCGGGGCUUUUACCUGGCUUUCCAGGACAUAGGGGCCUGCAUUGCCAUCGUCUCCAUCCGGGUAUACUACAAGAAGUGCCCCGCAAGGGUCAGGAACCUGGCGUCCUUCUCCGAGGUGGUGACCGGGGCGGACUCCUCCUCCCUGGUGGAGGUACGGGGCGAGUGUGUGAGGCACUCUCAGGAGAGAGACACCCCCAAAAUGUACUGCAGUGCGGAGGGAGAAUGGCUGGUGCCCAUUGGGAAAUGUGUGUGCAGCGCUGGCUACCAAGAGCAGAGGGAUUCCUGCGUGGCCUGCGAGCUGGGAUUUUACAAGUCAGCCCCUGGUGACCAGCUGUGUGCCAAGUGCCCCCUGCACAGCUACUCAGAGAGCCAGGCUGCACAGGUGUGCCGCUGUGACAGCAGCUACUACCGGGCAGCACAAGAUCCCCCAUCUGCGGCCUGCACGCGGCCCCCCUCUGCUCCUGUGAACCUGGUCUCCAGUGUGAAUGGCACCUCGGUGACACUGGAGUGGACUCCACCCCUGGACAAGGGGGGGCGCACUGAUAUCACAUACAACGUGGUCUGCAGGCACUGCACGUGGGACCUGGGCCAGUGCGAGGCAUGCGGCAGUGGGAUCCGCUUUGUUCCCCAGCAGAUGAGCCUGGGGCAGGCUGCCCUCACCGUGGCCAACCUCAUGGCCCACAUGAACUACUCCUUCUGGGUGGAGGCUGUCAACGGCGUGUCCCACCUCAGCCUGGAGCCCAGGAGAUUUGCUGUUGUCAACAUCACCACGAACCAGGCAGCCCCAUCCCAGGUGGUGGUGCUUCGCCAGGAGAACACGGGUCAGAACAGCGUCACGCUGCUGUGGCAUGAGCCAGACCAACACAACGGCAUCAUCCUGGAGUACGAAGUCAAGUACUACGAGAAGGACAAGGAAAUGCAGAGUUACUCCACGCUAAAAUCCAAAGGCACAAGUGCGACUGUCUCUGGGCUCAAGCCUGCAACCCGCUAUAUCUUCCAGGUUCGGGCCCGGACCUCUGCUGGCUGUGGGAGGUUCAGCCAGAUGGUGGAGGUGGAGACCGGGAAAGCAAUAACUCUCAGGUACGACACCAUGACGAUCAUCUGGAUCUGCCUGACCCUGAUAACUGGCCUUGUAAUCCUGCUGGUGGUUCUGAUCUGCAAGAAGAGGCACUGUGGUUACAGCAAGGCUUUCCAGGACUCAGAUGAGGAGAAGAUGCACUAUCAGAAUGGUCAGGUGAAGUUCCCCGCGUCAAAGUUCUACGUGGACCCUCACAUGUAUGAGGACCCCUGCCAAGCCGUGCACGAGUUCACACGAGAGAUCGAGGCCUCCAGGAUUAAAAUUGAGAAAGUCAUUGGGUCCGGAGAAUCUGGGGAGGUGUGUUAUGGCCACCUGAAAGUGCCAGGGAAGAGGGAGCUUCCCGUGGCCAUCAAAGCUUUGAAAGCAGGUUACACGGAGAAGCAGAGACGGGACUUCCUGAGUGAGGCCAGCAUCAUGGCGCAGUUCGACCACCCCAACAUUAUCCACCUGGAGGGCAUGGUCGCCAGGAGCAAAUUGGUAAUGAUUGUAACCGAAUACAUGGAGAACGGCUCACUAGAUUCCUUUCUCCGGAAACAUGAUGGGCAGUUCAGCAUCAUCCAGCUGGUGGGCAUGCUGAGGGGCAUUGGUGCCGGCAUGAGAUACCUCUCUGAUUUGGGCUACGUGCACCGGGACCUGGCUGCCCGUAACGUUCUUGUUAACAGCAACUUGGUCUGCAAGGUGUCCGACUUCGGCCUGUCGAGAAUCCUCGAGGAUGAUCCGUAUGCUGCGUAUACCACCACGGGGGGGAAGAUCCCCAUCCGCUGGACGGCCCCCGAGGCCAUCGCGUAUCGCACGUUCUCCUCAGCCAGCGAUGUGUGGAGCUACGGCGUCGUCAUGUGGGAAGUGUUGGCCUACGGGGAGCGGCCCUACUGGAACAUGACCAACAGGGAUGUCAUUAACUCAGUGGAGGAGGGCUACCGCCUGCCUGCCCCCAUGGGCUGCCCUACAGCCCUGCACCAGCUCAUGCUGGACUGCUGGCAGAAGGAUCGCAGCGAGCGGCCACGCUUCUCCCAGAUUGUCAGCAUCCUGGACAAGCUCAUCCGCAACCCUGAGAAUCUCAAGUGCACAGCCACAGUGAACCGGUUCACCCAAACUCCCUUUGACAGAGGCCUUUUUGAUUUCACAAGCUGUUUUACCGUGGAGGAUUGGCUGGAGUCCAUCAAACUGGGGCGGUAUCGGGAGAACUUUGCUGUGGCCGGGUAUUCCUCGCUGGGGAUGGUGAUGCGAAUGAACAUCAAUGACGUCCGGAGCCUGGGGAUUACCCUCAUGGGGCACCAGAAGAAGAUCCUGAGCAGCAUCCAGAUCAUGAGGUCUCAGCUGCUGAACACCAGUGUCCCCAGGCGGCACCUCUAAUCACCAGCUCCCCAGACCCAGCA